UGUGCGCUGCCUCUGCCCUGUCCAACCAGGCUGUUGUGGAGGACAUUAAGCUGCUACGCCAGGGUAUGAACUCGCUGAAGAAGACCGUUAAGGAGUUGCCUAGUUUGGAUAUGAACGAUAUGUUCAGAGACACCUUUGGCCGUUUCAUCAACAAAUCCGAGAGUCGCGUCGAGGAGCUGAAUGGG